AUGCUGAGUUAUAGUAAUUGUAUUUUUAGGAUGUCAUACUGUUCUAUAUAAGGUUGUUCUGUUUUUUUCUCUUUCCCAGCCAUGUCCACUGAGACCGGUGAUGGCCCCCUUCCUGAGAGGAGGAAGAUGUUGCCUCCUGGUUUAGGGAAACCCCCACCGCUGCUACCCACCCCCUCAGGCCCUCGUGGCAGAGAGACACCCCCUGGAAUGGGAGAGCACUCUGCUAACCCCCUCAUGACUUCUCCAGGUGAGUAACUGUUCUAAAACUAGACAUGUUCUACAGGACAGAUGGGCAUUAGAUGGCAAUGUCUAAAAUCAAACUCAUGAGUCAAUUGUUAUUGCUAUGCUUGUAUAUGUGUCGACAGUCUUUGAUCUGUUUUCUAUCUAGGCUCAUACCCCAAGACCAAGCCCCCUCCACUGCUAUCCAUGCACCCUUCUACACAUGGCCCUCCUCACGGCAUCCACGGUCCACUACAUCGAGGACCCCCACACCAACACGGCCCCCCUAACCCCCGAGGGCCCCCACCCCCCCGUGGCCCCAUGCCCCCACACGGCCCCAGAGGAACCUCACUGAAGAGCCUUCACAUGGGACCCCAGCCUGGGCUGUUCACCUGUCCAGGUUAG